AUGCACACCGCAGACACUGUAGAAGCUGUCAAGGCCCCGGCCAUCCAAGUGGUAGAAGAACGAAAACCUGAUCCAGAUCGUGCCAUUCUCGAAUCGCUUCGUCACACGGUAUAUGCCUGCUCCUCGGUCCAGCGAAUACACGGGGGAUUUUUGAAUGCGACAUACCGAGGAUCCCUAAUCAAACCACUGCAGAAUGGGAUGCGCACUGUAAUCAUCAAGCAUAGCGAAGAGAAGGACAGCAAAGCCCCGCAAUUGACGUUAUCCCUAACUCGAUGCCUUACGGAACAGGCCAUUCUCAGAGGACUCGGGAGUACCCCAUCUCAACAAGUGCAGCAUAAGCAGAUAACGAUCCAAGUUCCCCAACUAUAUCAAUAUCUUCCUGACGAGCAUACGCAAAUCUUCGAAGACUUUUCCAAAAAUGGCACACUGCAUGAGUUCCUGACAGUGGGUGCUGGAGAGCGCAUCAUUGCAUCGACCGCCGUGGCCCUGGGUGAGGCCCUGGGGAGCUGGCUGUCCCGCUUCCACGCCUGGUCGAAGACCCAGGUGGAUACAGAUUUGUGGAGCACCGUUGAACAGAACAGCAAUGGUUUCGACAAAAAUCUAAGAGACUUCCGAAUUAAUAAGCUUCUGGCAAUCCAAGCGCAGUGCAAGUCGGAGCAACUAGGACACUACGCGGCGCUGAUGCACUCACGAGAGUUUGGACGGAAGGACACGAUAGUUCAUGGUGACUUUUCAACCAGAAACAUCCUGAUUCAAAACCCAUCGUCCAUUGACAAGGAGAAAAACACGUCCCUGGCAGUCAUCGACUGGGAGGCAUGCUGCUUGGGAGACUACACACGAGACCUGGCCGAAAUAGUAGCUGACCUGUAUAUGCAAACCAUUUUAUAUGGCUCCCAGAUUGCACAUUCGUUGAUCCAGGGCUUCAUCAGUGCCUAUCCACCCCUUGACGAGGAAGCGGCCUAUCGGACCGUGGCGCAAAUUGGGGAGAACUUCUUUUACUGGAAUACCUGA